AUGGAACGCGUCCGUCGCGACGAACGAAAAGCGGCAGAGGAGGAGCAACGAGUCCUGGACCGUCAAAUUCAAUCAGAAAACGAACGAAGAAUCAAUCAACUGAGAAAAAAGGCCGACGAUCGAAUGACGACAAUGUUUGGAGGCCCCACGUCAUCUGGAGCCGCCACGAAGGACGUUAGCAUUUCAGAUGAGACAGGACAUGUCAAUUUGUUUCAGGAUUUGGAGCGAGAAGAGCGGAAAAAUCUGGGCUCAGGCAACAAAGAGUACGAAGCGGAGAAAGCGCAAGAAAAACGAGAAUGGGAGUCGAAAAUGGGCAUUCAAGUGUAUUUUGCGGACGGGACAAAUGAUUUGGCGAAGAAAAAAGAGUGGUACGAGGAGAUGCCGUUGCGGAGAAUGGGGGCGGAGCCCAAAAAACGCCGACACCAUCGUGACAGUUCAGAAGAACGUCGUCUCGAAGAGGAAUACGAUCGUGAAAAAAAGCAGAAGUUGGCGAAAUUGAGAGAUGAGAGAUUGAAAAGGGAACGAAUUGAGAAGGGAAGAGAAUAUGCAUUAUUACAUCCGAAAGAAAUGGAGCAAAAGAAAAAAGAGGAGGAGAAUGAGAGAAAAAAUGGGAAGCCGAGAUAUAAUUCACAGUUUAAUCCCGAGUUUUUUAGAAAAUGA